GUACUCUGGGGGAUACCACAGUGGGGUAUCCAAAUCCCAUUGGGGUUCCAGCAGCUCUGCCUGGCAGGACCUCAGGGCUGGUGGCUGGGUCUGGGGGAGCACGAUGCCACCAGACCAACCAUCGAGGCGAGCCCGUACAGCACCGCCAUCUGCUCCCGAUCUGGAGGAAACACGCUCUGGCAGUGGGGUGACUUUGUACCAGCUGCUCCUGUGCUGGAGGAGGUGGUGUCCUGCCCCUGACACAGCGCGGGGCUCAGCACCGGCACCGUGCAGCUGCGCGCCGGCUGAGUCAGCAGCACCGAGCCACGCGGGACCUGCCACGCAGCACCGGGGCCGUGAGGAGCUGCUGGGCACCAUCCUCCAGCCCAGCACCUACCACUCACCCCGCCACGACAGCCGUGGAGGCAGAGCGCAGGGGAUGCCUUCACAAUGUCAUCGUGACCCCGGCGGCUCUGCCAGAAGACGCACAUUGGGCAGACCUCUCUUUCACCUCUCCGGUGCAAAUGUUUCCAUAGGCCUAAGAAGAGCCUGGAGUUUUUCCAUCCUCUCUUCAGAGCUAUAGACAGGGAAGGAAAAACAUCUAGAGAGACCCUCCUGCUGUACUGAAGUGUCCUCUGCCCGGUGCUGGUUCAUCACUCUGAGCUGGGUGCCUUCAGGUGAGCACCUACACCAUCCUGCUGGCCCAGCCCAUGUCCAUGGAGACAGGAAUCCCACGGAGAUUUGCCAAAAUAAAGAAAGAAAAGGAGAAGCCCCAUUCAAGUAGCUGGUGCACGACCUUUCCAGCAUCCCAGUGCACAGCAUCCUCCUGCUCCUCUGGUGACCCAGCACGAAACGUCUCCGAUUCUGGAGGUCCCAAGGCCAACCCUUGGGAGACAUCUCCCACCGCAGCCCGUGAGCAGGGAACAUGGCUGGCUCCGAGCCCAAGCUCCACACUGCACUGCACCCUUACACUCAUUUAUGUGUUGCUAGCUCAGGCCUUUACACCCCCUCGGCAUCCACAGCUGCCUUUGCAAUUACUUAUUGAUCACUUGUCAGGAUGUUUUCUUUGCUGAUGGGGCAUUGAAGCAUGUGCAGCCAAAGAGAGAGAAAAGGUGUUAAAAGCGCAGGAGCAAAGGAGUGAGGAGGGCGAGCAGCUCGCACACAGAUGUGAUUGCUGCAAGAAACAGCCUCAGCAAAAACUGCUCCGAGCUUCAGCGUCCUGCAGAGACAACCGGGAUCUCCUUCCCAUUGCCCUGCUCCGGUAACCUGCCUGCCAAGCCUCAAAACCACUCUCCAGGUUGGCUCUGGGCCGUCGCUGGCUGUCCCUCCACCGCACAUACCUGUCCCUGCCUGGGGUUGAGCACAUCCACAGCUAAACCAGUGGACAGUUGGGCUGAAGCCUCCCUCUUCCAGCAUCCUGACCCUUCAGCCCAUGUUUGAGCUUUUCUACUCUCCUGUGCAUUCCCUUCCCUUUGUUCUGCUCUUCUUGCCCUUUGGCUCUGUGCUUCCCUGACUGACUCCCCAUGUUUUGGGUGGAAAGGGCCUGUUUCCAUGAGGAAACACCUUUGAGGGCAGUCCUGCAGGCUCGCUGCCGCCAGGGUCUGGUGCCAGCCAGGCGGUGUCAGUGCCGGAAGGGGAUUUGCAUCUUAAAUACUUCUUGGUGCUCUUUUACAGCCCCAGAGCAGCUGCCAGAGCAGAUCAGGUUCCUGCACACCUAUUCCAGGCUCCCGCCGCGGAGCAGCUGAAAGCAGAUCCCUGGGAAGGCUGAGCAAAGGCUGGGGCUGGACUCACACCUUCACGUGGUGAGAGAUAGGAUGGUAGCUGGGGAGGCGAGUAUGCGCAGCCCACUCCUGGCCUGCUGGCAGCCGAUUCUCCUCCUGAUGCUGGGAUCCAUCCUGUCCGGCUCCGCCACGGGCUGCCCGCCGCGCUGCGAGUGCUCUGCCCAGGAGCGCGCCGUCCUGUGCCACAGGAAGAGGUUCAUGGUCGUGCCGGAGGGGAUCCCCACCGAGACCAGGCUGCUGGACUUGGGCAAGAACCGCAUCAAGACGCUCAACCAGGAUGAAUUUGCCAACUACCCUCACCUGGAGGAGCUGGAGCUAAAUGAGAACAUUAUCAGUGCCAUUGAACCUGGGGCUUUCAACAACCUCUUCAACCUCAGGACGCUGGGGCUCAGGAGUAACAGGCUCAAGCUGAUCCCCUUGGGGGUGUUUACUGGACUCAGCAACCUUACCAAGCUAGACAUUAGUGAGAAUAAAAUUGUGAUCCUCCUAGACUACAUGUUCCAGGACUUGUACAACCUCAAGUCUUUGGAAGUGGGGGACAACGACCUUGUCUACAUCUCCCACCGGGCCUUCAGUGGCCUCAACAGCCUGGAGCAACUGACCCUGGAGAAAUGCAACCUGACCUCCAUCCCCACGGAGGCUCUGUCUCACCUUCAUGGCUUGAUCGUGCUGCGCCUGCGCCAUCUGAACAUCAACACCAUCCGGGAUUACUCAUUCAAGAGGCUGUACCGGCUCAAGGUCCUUGAGAUCUCACACUGGCCCUACCUGGAUACCAUGACAUCCAACUGCCUCUACGGGUUGAACCUGACCUCCUUGUCCAUCACCCACUGCAAUCUGACGUCCAUCCCGUACGUGUCGGUGAGGCACUUGGUUUACCUCCGGUUCCUGAACCUGUCCUACAACCCCAUUGUCACCAUCGAGGGCUCCAUGCUCCAUGACCUGCUCAGGCUGCAGGAGAUCCAGCUGGUGGGAGGGCAGCUCACCACGGUCGAGCCCUUCGCCUUCCGCGGCCUCAACUACCUGCGCAUCCUGAACGUGUCAGGGAAUUUGCUGACCACCCUGGAGGAGUCGGCUUUCCACUCCGUGGGCAACCUGGAGACGCUCAUCCUCGACAACAACCCCUUAGCCUGCGACUGCCGCUUGCUCUGGGUUUUCCGGCGGCGAUGGAGGUUGAACUUCAACAAGCAGCAGCCCACUUGCUCCACCCCCGAGUUCGUCCAGGGCAAGGAGUUCAAAGACUUCCCCGAUGUCCUCCUGCCCAACUACUUCACCUGCCGCCGAGCACGGAUACGGGACCGCAAACCUCAGCAGAUCUUUGUGGACGAAGGCCACACAGUCCAUUUUGUCUGCCGGGCAGAUGGGGACCCGCCUCCCACCAUCAUGUGGCUGUCUCCCCGCAAGCACCUCAUCUCUACCAAAACCAACGGGCGGCUCACUGUCUUCCCUGACGGCACGCUGGAGGUGCGCUACGCCCAGAUCCAGGACAAUGGCACCUACCUAUGCAUCGCCAGCAACGCGGGUGGCAACGACACCAUGCUGGCCCACCUGCACGUGCGCAGCUACUCCCCAGACUGGCCCCACCAGCCCAACAAGACCUUCGCGUUCAUCUCCAACCAGCCCAACGAGAGCGAUGCCAACAGCACGCGCGCCACCGUGCCUUUCCCCUUUGACAUCAAGACUCUCAUCAUCGCCACCACCAUGGGCUUCAUUUCCUUCCUGGGCGUCGUGCUCUUCUGUCUGGUGCUCCUCUUCCUGUGGAGCCGGGGGAAAGGCAACACCAAGCACAACAUUGAGAUCGAGUACGUGCCACGGAAGUCCGACGCGGGCAUCAGCUCUGCCGACGCGCCGCGCAAGUUCAACAUGAAAAUGAUUUAAACCAGGCAACAAUUUGCAAAUAAUAAUGGUGGGUUGGUUGUUCUGUUUUUGGUUUUGUUUUUUCUUUUUUUAAAAAAAAAAGAGAACAAAUGAACAAAAUAAAAAAUAAUUUAACAACAAACAUUGCUACAAACAUACCGACCUCUCUCCUUCCACCACGUCCUCCGCCCCUGUCCAAACCCACUGCAUCCGCACUGUCACCACCUCUUCCUCCUCCUCUUCUUCUUUAUACCAGGAAAAACAUUCAGCCGAUGUCUUCAGGACUCCUGUGUUUGUAAGGACUUUGUCUGAUGGACUCUGGUGUCAGAUAUAACUCUGAAAGGGAAACACAACAGGGGGGGUAAAGAAAGGAAAAAAAAAAAAAAAAGAAAUAAAAUCAAUAAAAAGUUACGAACUUUCUUCUGUAACUUUGAUUUCAACAAUUAUGGAUUUUUAUGAAAACUUGAAAUAAUAAAAAAAACCCUAUUUCCUAUAGAUAGUUGGAAUGCAAAA